AAAAAGGGCCACGUUUGGUUGGGAGACCCCAACAUAAUUUUUGGCAUGAGGGCAAAUUUUUAUCAAUUAUAGAGAAGUGGAAGGAGAAGGUCGAAUAAGGUAAUUUACGUAGGUAGAAAACCCUAUAGGUUUUCGACGCAAGUCGAAAACAAGUUUUCUACCCUUUUCUACCAAGGUAAAUUACCUAAGGUUUUCUACUGACCCAACCCUGUUUAAAGGUAUAACAUAACCUUAGUAAACAACGACGGUGCGGCAAUAAAAUUUAAAAAACGCCGGCGGCGGGGAAGCCAUAAAAUUUUCAAAAACCCGCCGGCGGCGCAGUAGACAAUACCUUAUUGUUUAUUUAUUUUUCAUAUAAUAAGUGGUUCGUUUCCUUAUUUAGAAGAACUUUUUUUUCUUUUCUAGUGUGAUUAUUGGAUUUUAGAUACUAUAGUGCACUAGUGUGUCAGUUACAAGUGGAUUUUUUCAUACAUUUUUUGGAUUUUCUCAGCUUGCUUUAAUUAUUCAAUAUCUGGUUUAUUUUCCUGUUGACAAAGCCCAUGAGUUAUAGGGCUUGAGAUUAUUAAAUUUUUAGUAAGUUACGACUGGUUUAUUCUGUUCCUAAUAAAAGUUUUAGACAUGCCCAAUUGUAAUUUAUGUGACAAGACAUUUGCCAGAAGUAGUUCCUUAAAAUUACAUGUAAAGAAUAAACAUCCAAAUGACUUUGAGAACAUGUAUAAAGUCAUAGAGAAGGGCAUCAUGUGUAGAUUUUGUCAAAAGGGAUUUGUAAGGCAAUAUACUCUAAAAGUGCAUAUUAAACGUUUUCACUCUGAAUUUUUUAAUGAAGUUUACCCAGAAGUUGCAUAUAAAUUUAACUGUCCACAUUGCAACAAUCAUUUUAACCAUUUAAGAUCCUACAAAUAUCACUUAAAAACCCAUGAACCAAAUACAUUAUCAAGGCAAAAAAUGUUAAAAUGUGCUCUGUGCAAAAUUUUUUUUUCCAACAACAUGAUAAAAAAUCAUUUUAAAAUGGUUCAUGAUGUAACAAUUGAAUUUGAUGAAAUAAAUUUUUCAUCUGUUGCCGAAUUUAAUGAAUGGAAAAACCAUGUUGAAGUGGAAUUCAGCACACAAUAUCGAAAACAAUACACCAAAUCUAGUAAACACCAUGUACUCACAAGUUAUAUUUGUAGUAGAUCAGGAAUGUAUGCACCGAGAGGCCAAGGAAAAAGGCAUAUUAAAUUACAAGGGACCAAAAAAAUUAAUGCAUAUUGUCCUUCUUCUAUUAGUUUAAAAAUUAACACUGAGGGUUUUUGUAAUGUGAAAUUUGUAAAAACACAUGUUGGCCACAAAUCUGAAUUAGCCCACAUGACACUAACAAAAAAGGAAAAAGAAGAAAUUAGGGACCAAAUGUGGCAGGAAAUAUAUAGGGAAUUUGGAGAAAAUGCAGGUUUUUCUGUGGAAUUCUUGUCAAAAAAAUGGCGAACUUUGAGAGAUACGUACGUGCGUAUAAAAGGGGAAUACACUCCAAGUGGGGCAGCUGCAUCCAAAAAAAGAAAGUGGGAGUAUUUUGAGUAUAUGACUUUCCUUAAUGAUACUAUAAAAUAUCAGGCAACAUUAUCUAACGUCAUUUUAUCCCCAAAUACCCUUGGAACUGAAAGCCCGUCAAUAACUUCCAGUCCAAUUACUUCUCCAAAUGAUUUGCCAAAUCAACAAGGACGUAAGGGCAAAAAUCUUAAGGACAAAGAGAGGAAAAAUGUUGAGCAUGCUAUUUUAGAUGCGUUAAACAAAGUAAAUGCUCCAAUAGAAGUAACAAACCCAAGCCCUCACUCUAAAAUUAAUCCAAUUUGUGACAGGAUUUCACAAUUAUUAGAGCAAAUGCCGCAAGGCCCUAGGACCAGGCUGGAAAUAAAAUUGUUACAAGUGGCAUAUGAGAAUUCAAAAGAUUAUUUAUCAUAAUUUUAAGUAAAAUU